AUGGACUAUUUUGUGGAUACAUAUUUAAAUAAUGAUGCUUGCAUGUUCGACCGGAAAAUAUGGAAUCACUUCAACACUGAUAAGACACGGACAACUAACCACUUAGAAGGUUGGCAUGCAGCUUUAAACCGAUCUAUUAGUCGACCAAAGCCAAAUAUAUUUUUGUUGAUAAACGAGAUAAAAAAUCAACUUGAAGAAAGAUUAACAAAUACAAAGGAUAGAUUGGAAUCAAAAGAAAUUUCAUUAUUGGACUACAUAGAUAUAAUAAAAUAUCAUAUA